AUGGCGAUCAGUGCAUGUUUAGUACGGAGGCGUGGAAAAUUUCUAUCUUGGUGUAGUAUUGGACUGCUGAUUAGCAUUCUCGGAAUUACAUACUGGAUGCACUUCCGGUCAGGUAAUCCACCAGUCUACAGACCGUUUUCCGAAAUGGAAACACAUGACACAUCCAUGCUGAGUGGUGAUGAAUCUGUCACAACGCAACUGGCUAGACAUACUAGUACGACCGCGUCACCAGCAGAUGCCAUUAAGGAAUAUGGAUAUAGACACGUGACUCUUUGGACAUAUAAUGAAAGAUUGGCGCUGUUGAAAGCCCAGUGUAGCGUUUCAUCAUCAACGCGGUUACCUAGCGACGUUCUCCAAAGGCUUAUUGUUGAUGACGUGUAUGAAUUCAUCUAUUGUGUUGUACAAAAAGUUGCCAGUGGCAACUGGAAAACUGCUCUCAGUGAAUUAAAAAUGCAUUAUACUGAUGAGAAAUGGAAACCAAAUUUGAGAGAUUUUAAUAUGGGUCUUCCUACUUUGAAGGAAUAUUCUCCACAGCAAAUCCAAUAUCGUCUUGAAAACUACUUUAAAUUCAUUUUUGUACGCCACCCUUUGGAGAGAAUGUUAUCCGCUUAUCGCGACCGCUUCGAGAGGAACGACAAGGGAAGGUUGAUACCACAAUGGGAAAAUAUACAUUCACUGAAGAGUUUUGUUCAUUACUUAAAAGAGACAGUAGCCAAGGAGCGAGAAGAUCUUAACAUCCACUGGCGGCCAAUAGCGAACCUCUGCCAACCGUGUGAAGUAACAUAUGAUUUCAUUGGUCAUUACGAGACACUUGAUGAUGACGUCAACUAUAUCUUCUCUGCCUAUGAACUCAGUUCUGUUAUCAAUUUCGGUUCCCAUCCCUCAUACGCAACGGGUAGUUCAAACCGGACGAUUUUACGAAAGUAUUACGCUAACUUGUCUUCCGGAGAUAUGCUCUUUCUACACAAACUCUACUCGAGUGAUUUUGAGCUAUUUGGUUAUUCAAAAGACAGUUUCAGUUAG